UUUCCGGGUAUCAUUCUAUCAUUGUUGUUCGUUGAAUGUGAGAUAAGGAUAGAAUGAUAUACAAGAGCACUCGGGUAACAUUUCCGAACACAGCACUAUAUAGUUGUGAUCUAGAUAUAAUAAAUAUUGUUGAUUCAUUAUAUUUGCAAAUUGUUGGAAAACCUUGAUUAAAAGUUUUUUUUUUAGAAACUAAGUAUAUAAUAUAAAUGGACAUCUUCGAGAAUUUUCAAGCGUUUCUACGUACGAACACAGACUACAGAUCGUGUAUGGACUUAUGGAGUUGUCUCUGGAUUUCUUUUCUCGUUUCUAACUAGUGCGGCAGACAGCGCCUCUUUCGCUAUGUGCGGUGAGGAGAAAAGAGGCAUGGUGGCUGGCGCGCAAUUGGCGGCACCAGACGGCAUCGGGCGGUACCAGGUGACGGUGGCGGCAUCAAGUGACAACUCGAGCGCAUGCUCGAGUUCCUCGAUGGUUGGGCAAAAACACAGCUGGUCUACGAUCCUCGGAGCGAGCUGACGUUCGAACGGGUAUCAAUGUGAUUUCUACGAAUUUGUACCACGACUUGUCGAGCCGCGAGCGUCGAGGCUCGCGCGAGCGUACAGAAAGUUGGCGACGAAGGCUUGUUGAUCGCGUAGUGAACGUGAGAGUGCCUGGAGUUUGUUCGAUGUAGCCUGGAGUGUCCUGGAGAAGAACGCGGUUUACGCGGUGCCACCACGAGGAUCUUUCGCUUGGCCUGGCCCUGGAUACAAAGAGGUAUCCCGCCACUGUCUCGACACCUAUAACAAUGUCAGCGGUAAACUCGUAAUAUUCGAAGCAACGUAAGAGGGAGACGAAAUAAGAACAAGACGUAUAUGAGAGAGAAAUGGCGUCUACCAGUGGGCACAAGAGAAACGGCUCCAGCUCGAGCAUGUUUGCACACAAACGUACCGAAUCGGGGGGUGGUUUCGUCGGUUAUAAGCGACCUGAGAGCGGUCACAAACGUGCCGAGAGUAUAUCCAGUGCCUUUGGCCACAAACGAUCCGAGAGUGGCCACAAGAGAAACGAGAGUAGCGGCGGUUUCGGUCACAAGAGGUCCGAGUCUGGCAGUAAUUAUCAUGCCGGUCACCGACGUAACGAAAGUAUGUACGCGAUGACGGGCCUCUAUGCGGAAAGCGCCGGCACUGGCACCGACGAUAAUGCGGAUCCGCUGCAGGUGACCACCGGUAGACUGACUCACGAUACCGUCAUAAGGUGUCACAGUAGAAAUCCCAGUUCUGGCCUUGUGGAUCAUAGAGAUUUUAUCAUCAAAUGUCACAGCAGGAAUCCCAGUGCUUCUAUGGUGGACAGGGCGGAGAAGGAGAGGGCGCAAACUCCACCGUUUAAUCCAGAUUCCAAGGACUGUGGGAUUCUGAGUUGUAGGCCCGUCUUCAUUCAAAGAUUUGCCGGAAUAAAGGUGUUCGUAUUUCUCCUGUCGUUCCUUGUUACGUUGCAACAAGCGCUUAGUUCAGGUUAUAUCAAUUCUGUGAUAACAACCAUAGAGAAAAGGUUUGAGAUCCCGUCCAGUCUUUCGGGUCUCAUUGCAAGCUCUUAUGAGAUCGGCAAUGUUAUCACUGUCAUUUUCGUCAGUUAUCUCGGCAGUCGCAGACACAUACCUGUGUGGAUAGCAAUAGGUGCAGUGAUAAUGGGACUAGGAUCGAUGAUCUUUAUAGUGCCACAUUUCACAGCAGAACCCAACUUGAUGACAACUGCGAAUCAUUCCAAUUCGGAUAACAUCUGUCGCGGAGUAUCCCUACGCGAACAAGAUAUGGGUUUGGGUCGGCUCUCAACAGGGUUAUCCUCACCUCCUUUAGCACCCCACAACAAUUUAAGAGGUGACAAUUGUAUACAAGGCUCUCCAUCUACAGCCGGACCUGUCAUGUUAUUUGUACUUGCUCAGUUAUUAUUAGGAUGUGGUGGCUCUCCAUUAUUUACUCUCGGUACUACUUACAUAGAUGAUCACGUGAGACCAGAAAGUGCGUCUUUAUAUAUUGGUUGUAUGUAUAGUAUGGCGGCAUUUGGACCAGUUUUAGGUUUUCUUCUUGGAGCAUAUCUUUUGUCUUUUCAUAUGGACUCCUUUUCACAAACGAUCAUAAGUAUCGAUCCUGGAGAUCAUAGAUGGGUCGGUAUGUGGUGGGGCGGAUUCCUACUUUGUGGGUUGCUCCUCAUUUUAGUAGCAAUACCCUUCUUUAGCUUUCCCAAGACUCUACAACGUGAAAAGGAAAAAAUACGAAUUAUAGAAAAAAAUAAACCAAUAACACAAAAAGAAAAAGAACAACAAUCGAAAGAAACUAAGAAAGAUACAAUUGACGAUAGCGGUUAUGGCAAGGAUGUUAAAGAUAUUCCUCGAAGUAUGUGGAGACUCGUUUGCAAUCCAAUUUACGUUGUAACAUGUUUGGGAGCAUGCAUGGAGCUAGUGAUAGUGUCUGGUUUUGUGGUAUUUCUACCCAAGUAUCUCGAAACGCAAUUUAGCUUGGGCAAAAGUCAAGCCAGCAUCUUUACUGGUUCUGUCGCUAUACCGGGCGCCUGUAUUGGUAUUUUCUUUGGCGGGUGUAUGCUCAAACGUUUAGAAUUAAGGCCGAAGGGUGCAGUGCAAUUCGUUCUUGUCUCAAAUAUAAUUUGUCUGGUGUGUUAUGGCCUGUUAUUCUUUCUCGGCUGCGAGAACGUAAAAAUGGCUGGGACCACUAUUCCAUACUUUAACAGUAGUACAAAGGGUCCUGAACCCUUUCAAGUAAAUCUCACUGCCGCAUGCAACUUUGGUUGUGAAUGUCGAAUGACGGAUGUCGAGCCGGUUUGCGGAAAUAAUGGUCUGACUUAUUUUAGUCCGUGUCACGCAGGUUGCACUGCCUUCAGUUCAAAGUCGAAUUUUACAAAUUGCGCAUGUAUACAUGGCAAUUUAACUGUAUUACCACCUGCUGCUCCGGAAUUUGCAGAAGUGACUGUCGUACCAGUAGCAACCGCAGGUCCUUGUACUUCACCAUGUAGAACUAUAUUUCCAUUUCUAAUUCUCUUGUUCUUUAUGACAUUUAUUGUCGCCGUGACUCAAAUGCCUUUGCUCAUGAUAGUAUUGCGAUCCGUUUCUGAAGAAGAAAGAUCUUUUGCUUUGGGUAUGCAGUUUGUAAUUUUUCGACUAUUUGGUUACAUACCAGCACCAAUAUUAUUUGGUAAUUUAAUUGAUUCCACGUGUUUGUUAUGGAAGAGCACCUGUGGAGAAAAAGGUGGUCGAUGUUUACUCUACGAUAUUGAACAAUUUAGAUACAGAUACGUCGGCCUAUGUGCCGGGAUAAAAAUUUUAGCUUUGGCAUUAUUUUUGAUUGAUUGGUGGCUCGUAAGAAGAAGACAAAUGGAAGAUCAACCGCCAUCUUUCAACGAGUUUGUAGGAUCAAUUAUCAGUUUAGAUAAACUGUUCGAAGAGAAACCACAUCAGAAUUUAGGAGAUGGUGAUGCAACUCUGCCAAAUUCCGAAAUUGCAACGCCAUCUUCUAUCUCGUCGCCUACAGAACCUACCAAGUCAACGAAUCUCGAGGAAACAGAGUCUUCGAAUCAAACACAAGAUUCAGUGGAGACGACAAAUCGCUCAAAAAAUACAGAAGUUUCCGAUACAAGACAAGCGCCAUUUACUUUACAAGAGCCAGACGUCGAGAUCAAACUUUCAAGUGGUAUGACAGAAAAUCAUAACCGCAACGUUUAAUGUUUGUUUAAUAUUAGAAAUUGUAGAAAGAAAUAUAUCAAAUUGAUGAUAUAUAAAUUUGUGACAAAUUAUAUGUACUCACUGGAUUAUAUCUGAAUAUACAUAUUACAGACUCACAUAUCCACACAUGUACGUACAUCGUUUACUUCUUCUAUGUAAAAAAAAAAAGAAAAUGUAUUCUUUUUCUUUUUUUGUGUGUCUCUAUGAUACAUUAUAGUUAUAUGUGUACAUACGCAACUGUUAUUUAUUAUUCAAGAUAACUUGUCACAAAUUUAAUUAUCUAAGUUACUUUUAGGAAAUAUCGUAUCAUUAGAACAUAAAUUUUUACAGCAUUCAUACAUGUCAAUAAGUAGAUACGUAAUGCAUAAAUAUAGUUUAUUUCAGACUUACAACUCGAGAUUGUAUUACUCAUGGCACAUUUAGAUUUAUACUGUUACUACGUAUAUCGUUAAUUGAGAGUAGAUAUAUGUGAAAAAAAUAAAAAUACGCGCAAAUGUGCAAUACGGAUAAAUUUCUAUCGUCUGAAUGGAAUCAUGAGUAAAGUAAGUCUUGCGUUAUUGCAAGAAAAGGCCAACGUAACGAUGAAAAAAUUGUAAAUAUGAAAAUUCCUGCCUUAAGAAAUACAAGACUAGGACAAAUGUAUAUAUUAAAAAAAAAAAUAUAUAUAUAUAAACUAUCUCCCAGAAUUAACGAUCUAUGAAAUAUCACUAGCAAAAGUUACGAUUUAUUUUAUAACUAAAAGAGAUAGGUUUUUUAAAACAAAUAGUCAAUUUAAUGUAGUAAGAUGUUUACAAAUGACAAAGACUAAUAGAACAAAUUAUGAGUAAUCCUAUUGUUGAAUAACGCAUUUUAAUUCGUUUUUUUUUAUAUAUUUCUGGAGAUAGAUGCAACUAUUAGUAAAACUGUGCAAUAGUAAAGAUCCUUGCACAAGGUACCAGGUAACAGGCAAUAAGAACAGGACAUAAGAGAGAAAGAGAGAAGAUCCUUUCUCUUUUUCAUUAUUUCUGUUUCUAUUGCCUGUUGCCUGGUAUUGUGCAAGGAUCUUAAAUCGGAAAUGAUCUCUUAUCUCUCGUUUUCUUUCAUGCUUUUUUUAAAUCAACUAUUUCAUCUUUCAAUAGACAAUUUUUAGAAAGUAAUAGUUCAAGAAAUUUAUAAAUCACUAUGUAUAGCUCCUACAUGAUACAAACAAUGCUUCCAAGCAACGAAAUAAUACUCUCAUUCAAUACAAUGGCUCGGUAAAUCUAUCAGAUAAUUGACUUUAAUAUUGUUUCAUUUCUAAAACAUACGCACGUAAGUUUUUUUUCCUUUGGUUUUAUGCAAAUAGCUCAUUUUAUAUAAAGAGUAUAUUUACUUUAUAUCUGACAAUUUCUUGAAGAAUCAAUUUUGAUAUGAAAAGAGAUAUAGAAUUACUCAGGAAUAAAAUUCUAUAGAGAAUAAGGACAAUUUUCAAUUUAACUUGAAUUAAAUUUCAAAAUACUUCACACACACACACACACACACAAUUGUUAAAUGAGAUUAUAGAAGAAAUGCGAGCUUUGUUUUAUUGCAUUUAUAUUUACUUUCAAUAAAAUAUUUGAGUACUGAGCCAUAAAUAAACGGAAUCAGAAACCUUUUAUAUAAGUGGUUUUUGUGUAUACGUUCGCUAAUCAAUUGAGAUACCCAUUGAAAUACUUAUCUGUAGCUGUUUAUUUCAAUGAUGAGGGUACUAAAUCAAUUUGCAUAUAUUGGUUUAAAAUAAUAGACUUAAUUUGAUAUUGUUUUAACAUUUUGUCCGUUUGGCUCGCCAUUGUCAAUUUUUCAAAUUAUAAUAUAUAAUACGCUAUAUUUUAGAAGGAUAUUUCGAGAUUAAUGUAUACUUCAUCAAAGUCGACCGUUCGCACCAGUUUUGAGAUAGCGGUGUGAUUUCUCCGUAACACAUAUUGACAUAUUAAUUAAACAAUUAUACAUACCUACUUUGUGAUAUAAACUUCUUCCGAACGGUAACCUUUGAAGAAGACCGUAGGGAAUAAUAACAAGUGCUGUGAAUAAAGAAAAAAUACACAUGU